UUCCUACCCGCCCCUUUUAGAGCAUGUAAGCUAAUGAGUGUUUGUUGUUGGUUGGUCAUUUCUUCUUAAUAAACCGCGGAGCAUCAAAACAAAAUGGACUCAAAGGAAGCCUCUCUGUACGCACCGGCGGGCGACCCAUUAGAUAUGACACGGAGCACGGAGGAGGACUCUUUGGUGGACGGGCCUCUGAUCUCUGCUGACGCCCUCCACUCUGCCAUCAGGAGAGAGUUUCAGACCAUCCCAACACCCUGCCAUGCCAUCCUGCUGUCUCUGCUGCAUGUCGUGUACGUGGUGUUGUCGAUGUGCAUGGCGGUGCUGUGUGUGUUGGAGUUGGGGCAAAAGGAGGUGUGUGCGAGUAUUUUAGGUAACGUGCGAGGCGAAAGUGUCAUUGUGUUUGGGAAGGUGUGUUUGUGGGUGCUGGUGCUGCUGUUCACUGGGUGUGUUCAGCACCACCACGGCCAGGCCAGGAGCAGAGGAUACCUGCGAUUCUACAGACAGACGCAGGGACUGAAGCAUCUGCCGCUCACCGUGCACUCUGCAGGAAAUGUUCUGCUGCUGGUUAUUCUGGCUGUGCGAUUGUCACCGACUGUGCAAACCUACAUGCUGCUCAGCGUCCUGGACUUUGAGCUGUUGGUUGCAUUGCCAUGCCUCCUCUAUUACACAGUCCAAGUGAUGCGGUUCAACAGGGAGCGAGCUGCACCCGACGUGAGCCAAGAAGAGCACUCGCUCAACCACACUGUCAUGAGUCUGCCGAGGGAGACCGGCUUCAGAGAGGGCUCCAGUCUGCAGGAGGUGGUGGAGAAACAGGCCGACCUGAUAGAGUACCUGAAACAGCACAACAUCUUACUGAGCAAGAGGCUGCUCAACCUCACCGCUCAGCACUGACCACAGCCCGGCCUCCUCUUCCUCCUCAUCCUCCUCCCUGUGAGCCAGAGCCCGACCACUUUAACACUCGGCUCUCUCAACACAAAGGAGAGGGGGGGGGGGGGGGGAGAUCGGUGGGUUUGAAAGAGAUGACGAGGAGCGAGAAGAAGAAACACUAUGAAAAGACUAAAAGCGAGGAGAUCCCUGUGCACACGAGCACCUGUGCGCACAGACGUGAGACGGGAGGGCUUCUCCACGAGGCCCCCGAGACGGACAGAUAACGCGGGAGGAGGCGAGCCGCAAGCGGAGGGCAGUUAAAGAGGCGGAGCGGGCGGAGGAGGAGAGCAGUCACGGGUCACAGAUCAGAGGUGAGGGUUUAUUUUUUUUUUUAUCACCGUCUUACGACCUCCGGUGACCCGCGCGUCGGCCGCCGCUUGUGGGGGGAAACCGAAGGAGUGAAAUUGUUUUAGAGGUCGUGAGCACUGAGGAGGAGCCGAACGAGUCGGAGAUGCAGGAGGGAGAGAGGUUCCCACUCAUCGGAGUCAAACUGAAGGUCGCGUAACGCUGUAAAUGUGGUAUUUUAUCCGUCCGAAUGUGUAAAUGCUUCGUUUGGUUGCAGUUUUUUUUCUAUCUGUUCAAUCAUUGAGUGUGUGUAUCUGUGAUCCGAUUCCAAUAAAUAUGUAAUAAACCCA